AUGUACGAGGGCAUGCCUUCGUACCAACAGCAGCGCCAAUCGACUGCGAUCGAGGUAAUGGCUGGACAGUUUGGGAGCGGAGGUCUUCAAUACAUGCAACAAAACGACCCCGCGAGCAAUGUGGCAGGUGGUUCGGCGCCUUCUCAGUAUCUGACCUCCCAGGCAGAGCAGCAGCCAUAUGCGUCGAUGUCAUUUGCUAGGCCACAACUUCAGCCUCCAUUCACACCCUCAACCUCCGAAUACACGGUACUAGAACAACCGACGCCGCAGCAGACUGUAGAGGAGGUGGGGUCACGCCAGGCUACUGAAGAGGGCAAAAGACAAUAUGAACUGCGGCUUCGCGCUACGUUUGACGCAAUAACUGCCGGUAGAGUCCGAGAAGCGAGUGACCAACUCCUUGAUAUUACAGAAUGGCUUUUCGGCUCUGUACGUGCUCUUGGUCUGCACCACGAUGACGAAGAGACUCACGCUCAAAGGCUGGUGCUGUGGCGUGAGCUAAAUCAUGCCUGGGAAGCUUUAGGUCAGAAACAGAAAUCUAUCACGGAAACCGCCAUCAGAACCCAACAGCAGCCUGCUGAAUACUUGACGGCAGCUGCGCUACAAAGCUUGAUCGACAAGCUGGUUCAUUUGUGUGACCAAGUUGAGAAGUUUGGUCUUGUCGACUACGAGAUGGGUCUGUGGGAAGAGCAAAUCAUUGACGUUUUCAUUCAGUGUUUAGAUCUGCUUUCCGAAGAGCAGACUCAUCUAGGACCUGGAUCGCACGAACGUUAA